GUUCCCUUCUCCCUAAUAAGUAGUCCAUCUCCCGCUUUCUUUCCCCCUCAUCCCUACGCACUCUCUCUCUCAUCUCAUUUUGCUUUUGUGGUAUUAGCUUUAGAGAAAAUGGCUAUUGUGAGUGUGGUCUGCAUUGCCUCCCUUAUCUCACUUUUCUCACUAGCCCAAGCUAGACUCCCUGGUGUUUACACCGGCGGCUCAUGGGAAACCGCUCACGCCACUUUCUACGGCGGCAGCGACGCCUCCGGCACCAUGGGUGGAGCAUGUGGGUAUGGUAAUCUCUACAGCCAAGGCUACGGCGUGAACACGGCGGCUCUAAGCACAGCGCUUUUCAACAACGGCCUGAGCUGCGGUGCUUGCUUUGAACUCAAGUGCGCCAACGACCCCACCUGGUGCCACUCAGGCAGCCCAUCGAUUCUCGUCACCGCCACCAACUUCUGCCCACCAAAUUACGCACUCCCCAACGACGAUGGCGGGUGGUGCAACCCUCCUCGGCCCCAUUUCGACCUCGCCAUGCCAAUGUUCCUCAAGAUCGCCGAGUACCGCGCCGGCAUUGUUCCAGUUGCUUUCCGCCGGGUGCCAUGCCGGAAACAAGGAGGAAUAAGGUUCACGAUCAAUGGUUUCCGUUACUUCAACCUGGUGUUGGUCAGCAAUGUCGCGGGUGCAGGUGAUAUAGUGAGGGUGAGCGUGAAGGGGACUCGAACCCAAUGGAUGAGUAUGAGCCGGAAUUGGGGACAGAACUGGCAAUCCAACGCCGUGUUGGUGGGCCAGUCCCUCUCCUUCCGUGUCACCGCCAGCGACCGCCGCUCCUCCACCUCCUGGAACAUUGUUCCUGCCAAUUGGCAAUUCGGUCAAACCUUCUCCGGCAAGAACUUCAGAGUCUGAAUUAUUAACAAUUCAACGAAAACAAAAAGCGGGAUUUUAAAUUUCCCGCUUUAACUGGUUUUCAUUUUCACCCUUUUGGCGCCAAAUUUUGAGGUUCUUUUGUUUUUUUUUUUAAUUUAUUUAUUACUGUAAU